GUUUUGACGCAGCUGGUGCCGGUGAGUGUGAAGCGCUGACAGGACGCUGGUGGAGAGGAGCCGACGGCGCACGAAGCUCAGUGAGGUGUGUCUGCUUCAGCGAGCAUAACACUGGAUUACCAUCUCAGUGAGGGCUCUCCACAAGAGGGCAGCAUAAGACCAAGCUCAACUCCCAUACCAUCAGGUCCUCGAUCAGUCUGUGCCGUCAAGAUCACUCCCUUGGCAACCAUGAAAGGCUCUCCUGACCUGAUUCCUGCUGCAGAUUUGGACCCCAGCAGAGUGUGCAAAGGGAAAGGAAUUGUGACUCUGAGGGCCACCCUUGUUCACAUUGAUGAUGAGGGCCUCAUCAGCGAAGAGCCAAAUGUCAUCACAACGACAAGCGGCUGGACACACCAGAUUAAUGGAGACAGCUCUAAAGCAGGAUUGGCUGAAGGAGGCAGCCACACCACAGCGGAUUUACCUCCUGUAAACAACAGUCAGUGCCAGUCCAAUUCAGCAGAAAGUGUAAAAGAAAACCAGUGUCCAUCCUUCAGUGACAUACCCCAGACAACCAUAUCAACAUCCAGCUCUGUGUAUCCCUGCACCAGUUCAGUUAACCCCACCAUCGUUCUGCUGCAACACAACAGAGACCCAUCACCAGAAAGGGACAAAAGUCCUGAUCCUGGAAGAGACUCAGUCAGUCCAGUCCCUGAUAUGGACUGGAAGAGGCUGCGGCUGUCACUGCACUCUCCUGUCCUGAAUCCUCUAAACAAGCCCGUUGUUCCUGUACGGAACACUGAAAAGUCCAAAGACUGGUACAAGACAAUGUUCAAACAAAUACACAGGAUACCUGAGCCUAUUGAGGAAAACCCUUACCGUCCCACAUACAUUUUCCCUGAGAAAAAAGACAGUCAGAUGAGAUCAAAAGAUGAUGGUCCCAGCCCCUAUGGUUACUUAAAAGAUGUAAAAUCCGUCCCACGCUCAAAAAGUGACAUCGAAGUUGAUUCAAGAGGCCGGUCGAUGCCUGUGCCAACAAGAUCCUCUUCCCUUAAACCUUCUGCCAAAAGAAACGAGUGGGAGCCUCCAGAUAAAAAGGUAGACACCAGGAGGUAUCGCGCCGAGCCCAAGAGCAUCUUUGAGUAUGAGCCGGGGAAAUCGUCUGUGCUGAAGCUGGAGAGAACGACUCAGGAUGUAAGUCCAGAAGAUGUAGAUUUAGAGAAUGAGCCUUGGUAUAAAUUCUUUUCAGAGAUGGAGUUUGACAAAGCGAGUUCCCCCUCUUUCAGCCCCCUGGAAACAGCCUCCGACCUGCAGCAGUACUCCUCGAGCAAGUCUGGACGCAGCGAGGUGGAGAAGGACAAUGGAUCAUCUACGAGCGAUUCUGGGGCUCCAGAAUGUGACCGCCAUGUUUACAAGAGUGUCCUGGAGGGUGGCGACAUUCCCUUACAAGGUCUAAGGGCUUUAAACAAGCGUCCUGGCAGCUCCUCUUCAUCUAAAGUGGAUCAUAAAGGUGGGAAUGGCUACAUAAUUUCACCCUGCUCCUCUGUAAAUAGUAGGUCAGUUCUUGCCAGUAAUGCAAUAGGUAACCAGUGUAAAAGUAUGACACCUCUAUCUGCUGCCAAAGCCUGCAUACCCCAAAUUCUGCCCUCAAAGUUCAAGCCCAAGCUGCUGCCACCCAGUGGUGACAGUCAGGAAAGUAGGACUGCAUCUGUCAGACACCCAAAGGCCCACAGCUGUGAGGAUCUGUACACUGGGCAGUAUAUCACAGACUGUGUUGGAUCGGAAGAAAGGGAUGGAUGUGUUACUGGGUGUGCAAAUGUUUCCCACUCAAUUAGGAGAAGUGCAUCAGAGUUUUCCAGCCUUUAUAGAUCCAUGCAUUACAUCCAGCAACCCAGCUCAACUGGCUGCAGCCCCCAUGGCAGUGUCCGCAGCCUUACCUCUCUUUUUGAGAAGGCAAAGGCAGAGAGGGGUGAAAGGUCAGAGGCAGAUGGCGGGGGUAACAUUCCACGGGAUUCAGUGUCGUCACGGGUCAGUGAGUUUGAAAUGAUCAUCCAGCAGUCAAGCCCGGCACCCUGCCGCUCCUCCUCUCUGCCCACCCUGCACUCCAGCCACAACCACAACCCUGUCCACUUUUACAUGGUGUCUGCAGUGUCAGCGGAGUCUCUUUUGCCGGCAGACAACACCCAGACAGUCGCCUGCUCCCCAGUGGAGGCAGAGGGCUCUGUGGAGGAGGCUGCACCCUCCUCACUGGAUGUACACAAUUUAAGGACUGAAUCCCCAUUUAACACUGAGACUGAGGUUGAGCAGAUCUUCAGUAAAAGUUCUCUAGAGCAUAUUGGCCAAAAUAUUAGUGGAUCUACUAGUCCAUCAGCACUGCUUGCAGAAUCCCCUCAGCAACACAACUACAUCCACCACCACCACCACCUACUGGACCACCUGAAUCAUCAACUCCUGCUAAAACCCAGCAAAUGCAAAGGCUCUUGCCCAGCCUCCUACACCCGCUUUACCACCAUCCUCAGGCAUGAGAGGCAGCAAGCCAUGACACAACAAGAGAGGCCUCGACCUUUGGAGAAGAGGACAACGCUGCCUGGUAACCUCUUCCUCAUGGGCCCUGCUCCCUUUAAGUUACGCAAGAACUUGCAGUCCCACCAAACUCGGAAGACUCUUGCCACCAAAGUGCCAAUGGGUGUCCAGAGGCCUUCUACUUUGUCUCCUGAGCUCAGACCUUUGAUCCCUCAGCGCCUGUCCUCCCUGGAGGUCCUGGAUAGGCUGAAUAGCAUAGAGGGAAGCAACACUGACCAACUGAGUAACGGGCACGGCUUGGACACCAACGGGAACCUACUACAGCUGCUGGCAUCUCACCGCAGAGACUUGUCACCAACUCCAGGGGAAAGCCAAGACGAAGUGUUGCGAAGGCGACAUGGGGACAAGGAGAAAAUCUUGGAGGAGCAGCGGAGACUGAAGCGGGAACAGGAAGAGGCUGACACAGCAUCGAGGCGACACACAGGCAUUGUCCCAACACACCACCAGUUCAUCACCAACGAGCGCUUUGGAGACCUGCUCAACAUCACAGAUAACACAGAGAAGAGGAAAUCAGGAAUAGAGAGAACUCCAGCCAUGGCUCGCUUUGACUUCAGAGCUGAAAGUUUAAAGGAAUUACCAUUUCAAAAGGGAGACAUUGUAUACAUCAUUCGACAGGUGGAUCAAAACUGGUAUGAAGGGGAACAUCAUGGAAGAGUUGGAAUUUUCCCUCAAAACUAUGUUGAGCUGCUUCCUCCCACAGAGAAAGCCCAACCAAAGAAAAUUGUUCCAGUUCAGGUGCUGGAAUAUGGAGAGGCUGCUGCCCGCUUCAACUUUACAGGGGACACAGUGGUGGAAAUGUCCUUCAGAAAGGGAGAAAGGAUAACACUGAUUCGCAGAGUUGAUGAAAACUGGUAUGAAGGCAAAAUAUCCGGCACCAACCGCCAAGGCAUCUUCCCGGUCACUUACGUAGAAGUACACAGAAGACCCCGUGUCAAAAAUGGGUUGGAGUAUCCUGACCCUCCCGUUAGCCAAUCACCACAGCGUAGCACCAAUGCUUCUCCUCAGCUGUAUCGUAAUCAUCUUACCACCUCCCCUCUGCCCCUCCCUCGCUCCCCUCGUCGCUCCGUGUCCCCUGAGGUCCAUGCUGUGUCCUCAGAGUGGAUCUCCCUGACUGUGGGAGGAGGGAGCCCUCCAGCUGCUCCCACCCCUCCCCUGCCACCGCUGCCCAGUGUUUCCUACCGAUGUGGCGAGUACCUGCCCCCACCCUUUUCUGCCAGCCCUGUUCCUCCAAUCACUGGCAGUCCUUACUGCAUCUCCCCCAUGGCUUCCCCAGCUGCCUCCCCUCUUCCUCCGCCUUACCCACCAAGACCCAGCUCAACCACUCCUUUUGUUACAUUCACCCCACCUCAGGGGGAGGACUUCAUGCUCUUCCCUGCCUCCCCCCAUCUGUCACGCAGCAUGAGCCCCUGUGGAGGGCCUGUGUUGGAGGGCUGGCUGAGGGGGGAGAAGGAGUUGACUGAGGGGGAAGGUGCAGAGGGGGACAUUGGUCGCUCAACCCCAGGCAGCAGGCAACAUAGCCCUGCAGAGUUUGUGAGAAUGGAGGCUGACCAUCGUGGACAGAGCUCCAGAAGCCCUGUGAUGCUGUAUGACAUCCAAGAUAACAACAAUGCUAACUCAUUUGCGGAGGCAGUGUGUAAUGAGAUCUUGAAUAUAGCUGAGACCUCAGUGAGGUACUGCAGCACCCUGCCCCACCACCCUCAUGACUCUGUUCACAGACUGCACCCCCAUCCCAGUAAACAAUCUCUCAUCAUUUCCCAGCAACCCCAUUCCCACAAUAGCAGCCCAGAGCCGAGCCGUCUGAACUGUGGAAUUUUCCAGGCUCUGUACAGCUAUGUGCCGCAGAAUGACGAUGAGUUAGAGCUACAGGAGGGUGAUCUCGUCAGCGUCAUGGAGAAGUGUGAUGACGGCUGGUUCGUUGGUACAUCAAAGAGGACAAAGCAGUUUGGGACUUUCCCUGGGAAUUACGUGAAGGAGGUGAAACUGUAGAUAUAUCUCAUCUGACUGUAACACAUGGAUGCCUGUCAAGCUUGGGAAAUCAAUACUAUCACGCAUGACUAUUGGUUAGUAUAGUAUUUUAGCAAGGCAAAUCCUAUUUGUCUCAGAAAGUGAUUGGUUUGGCCAGAGGUAUGUCAAACUGCUGGAGGCGGGGAUAAAGACAGUUUAAUGCUGAGACCUUGGUAUUGUGUACGCAUUUUCAACAGAUAUAUUUCAUCUUGUCAGAUGGAAUUUUUUCAUAAGAACAUACCACAAUCAAGAUUUUAGUGAUAGUAAAUAGUUUUAAUAUAAAUUGUUAUCUAUUCUAUCCAUUUAAUUUUUGGCACAGAAGUAUUUACUUAGCAACUCAGUGUGGAGGCUGGCAGGCUACAGCAGAGCAGUACAUGGAGAAAAGAGUGGAUCUUGUUACCUGAAGUGGACAUGGGGGGAUUCAGAAGGAUUUUUUAUUGGAUUUUGGUUUGUACCUGUUUGUCAUAAGCUACCUUUCAGGACCCACAGGUGUUUAUCAGAGUUAGAUUUUCAGUCUCUUAGAUGUUGCUUCCAAAAUAAAUCCUUUAGUGUUUGACCAGACAUACCAUUCAUGUAUGAUGAAAUGUGGUGAGACAUUCGUGGACUCUCCAUCAUAAAAUGUUUGCAGUAUAGAUUUGAGAAAAAAUUGUUAAAAUACCUAAAGCCUUUUGUAUGACGCUUCUUUACGAAGUGGUCUGACAAACCUGUUUUACAUUUUCUGACUCAUAUUUUAUCUUAAAGACAGUAUUACAAAUGUUCACAACCCCAAAAGCUUUGGAUAAAGGUUCAGAAUUCCCUUCAACAACCUUUGUCAAGUGCAUCACAAAACACACAAAAAACUAAAGAGUGCAGUGGCUACCAGAAUAAACACAAAUACAGGACACACAUUGAUAAAAGUGAAGAGAAACUCUAUGCCUAUCCUAUGUUCUAGAAACCAUGUAAAAGUAUUCUGACAAUAAAGUGGCCUUUUUUUAUUAAUGGCUGGACCUGUAAGCUAACUGGUAUAAGCCUGGCUCCACAGGACAGGCGUGGUGAGACUUGACUUCCUGUUUGAUCAUUUAGGGGUAUCUCAACUAACAUGAUAACAAUAGAUUCAUCAGUGAUGAUACAAAAAGCUUUUUUAAUCAUACUGAUUUUUGGAGAGCAUAAUGAGAUUAAACCCACACUAUUAAUGACAACAUUUUAUGUUGUAUUGUAGGCAUGUGAAUAGAAAACUUUAAGAGGCCUUCCGAAUAUGGCAACAUAUUUAAUGUAAAGUGAAUCCAAAUUGGGUAACAUAGUGAACAGAUUGAUUUUAAUAAUAAGGUAAGCAUGUAUACAGCACACAUUAUAAAUUAUAAAAUCAAUAAAAGAUCAAAUCAAAUCAGAGCCUUCAACAGCUUCCUUAUAUCAAGUCAAUUUAAAAAUUUUCAUCAAAGCAUUAGAGCCAUCUUCCUACAAGACAGAAGCUCCCACUUUGCACAGACCUGUUAGAUCCUGUAACAGAAAUCAUUUUUAAAAGUAGAGCUCCUCUCCAUACAGAAAGAUGAUAGCUAAUGUUUUCUUUUUUUUCUUUCAUUUAAUUAUUUUUCAUUGGCUUCAUCAUUUGUUGCACUGUUCUCAUACAUAAUAGCUAGGUGUCAAUUAAGACCUGCAAAUAGUUCAAGUCACCUGUUAUGACCUGAUUAGAUGAGCAGAAGGAUGCAGAAGGACCAUGGCUAAUGACGUAUUUCAAAGUUAAUAUAGAAGGAGAAUUAUGGCAGGAAAAUUGAGGUUCAGAUGCUUCAGAAGUCCUUUUAUUCAAUCCAAACAUUUCUAAUCAAAUGGUUCCAGAUGGGUCUACCUUUUAGUGUAAUGCUCUCUCAUUGCCAGAGUACACAAAAUUAGAAACACAAUGUGAAGGAUUGAAAGAUAAAACAGGAAACUAGGAAAAGUGUAUGUUUACUAAAGUUUUUUUUCUGAAAUUGCUAGCUAAAGUUGUGCAGUGAUGAUGAACAUUGUUAUUAACUGAACUCGGUUCGAAGAUGAAUGUGGCUACCACAUAAGUGAUAUAUGAAGUUUCAUGAUUGAUAAAGUAUAUUACUUUAACAAUAUUGAGGCGCUUAUUGAGUAGUGUGAUGCUUUUUUUGUUAGCUUUUGAGUCAAAAUUGUUGUUUCCCCACGUGGAAAUCACCACUGACAGUCUUUCCAAUACAGCAUUGGAAUGUUUUCUCACGAUAAAAAAAUGACGAUAAUACACUUAUAGGUUUGCCUUUAUAACGUGGUGUUAUGUUCAGGUAUUUUGUCACACUAAAAAAGAAUGUUUCCUCAUCUACUAGUGGCUAGACAUUUUUGUUUCUUUGUACGUCCAGCGCCUCAUGGUUGAGAGACAAGGUGUUUAUUGCCUGACAGAAAUGGUUAACUUAAUAUCCAACACACUAUAUGAUGACAAAUAAACACAUCACAAAUCACCAAUUCAGCCAUAAAACAUUUAACUUCAGUAUGUGGUCCAUAAAACAUCACAGGAUGUAUGAAUGUAUUAAUAUGUGAUUAGUGCACAAACAAUAUGAAAUAAAUGGCAUAUUUUUCACUUUGGAUGAAUACGUAGACCAUUGUGCAGGUGGGCACAAGAAGGAUUGUAAAUAUGUAAAAUAAAAAAUAGACUAUGGAAGAUGGGAGGAACAGCACAGAGUGCAGCAUAUGAGCACAGACAGUUUGACACACAUGAACAUUACGCUGCCAUUUGUGAGCAUCAAAAUGCCUUAUGUUAGAUGAAAAAUUGUGCCUCAUUUUUCCUUUUUUUCUCCCCCUUUUUUUUUGGUGGGGGGGGGUCACUGAAAUGUGUUUAUUACAUAUUUAAUGUAACCAUGGUUUACCAUUGGUUCUUGUCUUUGUAAUGGGAGAACAAUUUCCUUGCAAGUACUUAGAAGUGUGACACAAUGCUUUAACACAAAGAUUAAUAAAUAACGAAAAGUUUCAUGAGACACACAACUGCAACAGUUUUGGUUUGUUGACUUCAAUUUGCAGUGCUGUUACAUUGAAAAUACCUAAAGUUACUAUACUGCUGUAACUUCAGUAUUAUGCAAUAUUUAAUAAAUCAUUGAAAACA